UUGUUAAAAAUUGAUUGGACUCUUCUGUGUAGUGAAUGUUUUUGUUUCUUCAGGUGGAAAACUAAAAAGACAUGAUUUCGAGUGUGAGAAAUGGCGGCACGAUCCAACGGUUUUGUACAGCUUCGAUUUCAUUACUGGAGAAACCAGUGGAGAAGAGCAUUGUCGGGAUCCCGAAUCAGUUGGUGGACACAGUUGAUACCAAUUCUCACCUUCGAACUCUCGUCAAUGCCGGGGAUUUACGAGCUGCUCGCCAAGUGUUUGAUAAAAUGCUACAGAGAGAUAUCGUUUCGUGGACAGCCAUCAUUAAGGGAUACUUAACUGCAAACAACUCUGACGAAGCACUGAUUUUGUUCUCGACGAUGCGUGUUGUUGAUCAUGCAGUGGUCUCACCUGAUACCUCUGUUCUAAGUGUUGUUCUCAAGGCUUGUGGUCAGAGUUCCAACAUUGGGUAUGGAGAAUCGUUACAUGCUUACGCGGUGAAAACUUCCCUUCUCACCUCUGUAUUCGUGGGAAGUUCUUUACUCGAUAUGUACAAGAGAGUUGGAAAGAUGGACAAGAGUUGCAGACUUUUUAGUGAAAUGCCUUUUAGAAAUGCAGUAACUUGGACAACAAUUAUAACGGGGUUGGUUAACGCUGGUCGUUACAAGGAAGGGCUUAUGUACUUUUCCAUGAUGAUGAGGUUGAAUGAACCAUCUGAUACUUAUACAUUUGCUAGUGUCUUGAAGGCUUGUGCUGGUUUACGUCAAGUUAAAUACGGUAAGGAGAUUCAUACUCAUGUGAUAGUGAGAGGCUUUGAUGAUACUCUCUGUGUGACUAACUCGCUCGCUGCUAUGUAUACUAAAUGUGGGGAGAUGCAGUACGGCCUUUGUUUGUUUGGAAAUAUGAGUGAGAAGGAUGUUUUUUCGUGGACAAGCCUUAUCGUAGCUUACAAUCAAAUAGGUCAAGAAGAGAAAGCUUUGGAGACAUUUAUAAAUAUGAGAAAUUCUCAAGUACCUCCUAAUGAACAAACUUUUGCAUCGAUGUUUUCUGCGUGUGCGAGUCUUUCUAGACUCGUGUGGGGCGAGCAGCUCCACUGUAAUGUAUUCUCUCUAGGUUUAGGUGAUUCUUUGUCAGUGAGUAACUCGAUGAUGAAGAUGUACUCAACAUGUGGGAAGCUACAUUCUGCUUCUGUUUUGUUUCAAGGAAUGAGAUGCAGGGACAUUAUUUCGUGGAGCACGAUUAUUGGAGGAUACUCUCAAGACGGUUUUGGAGAAGAAGCUUUUAGGUACUUCUCAUGGAUGAGACAAGCAGGACCAAAACCAACGGAUUUUGCUCUUGCUAGUUUGUUGAGUGUUUCAGGAAAUAUGACAGUUCUUGAGGGAGGCAGGCAAGUUCAUGCGCUUGCUCUUAAUCUUGGUCUAGAACAGAACCCUACGGUUCGUAGUAGUCUGAUUAAUAUGUACUCAAAAUGCGGAAGUAUCAAAGGAGCUUCAAAGAUAUUCGAAGAAACAGAUAGAGAUGAUAUUGUUUCUUUGACAGCUAUGAUUAAUGGAUAUGCAGAACAUGGAAAGAGCAAAGAAGCUAUUGAUCUGUUUGAGAAGAGCCUUAAGGUUGGUUUCAGACCUGACUCUGUAACUUUCAUCAGUGUUCUCACCGCCUGCACUCAUUCGGGACAGCUUGACCUUGGUUUUCACUAUUUCAACUUGAUGCAAGAGAAGUAUAAAAUGAGACCAGCCAAGGAACAUUAUGGUUGUAUGGUUGAUCUGUUAUGUAGAGCAGGAAGGCUAAGCGAUGCAGAGAAGAUGAUCAAUGAGAUGCCAUGGAAGAAGGACGAUGUAGUCUGGACCACACUUCUCAUUGCGUGCAAGGCCAAAGGAGACACUGAACGUGGGAGAAGGGCUGCGGAGAGGAUUCUAGAGCUGGAUCCGACUUCUGCAACUGCACUUGUAACACUAGCCAAUAUAUAUUCAGGCACAGGGAAAUUGUAUGAAGCUGCAAAUGUAAGGAAAGACAUGAAAUCUAAAGGAGUUAUCAAAGAGCCAGGAUGGUCAUCAAUUAACAUUAAGGAUCGCGUUUCAGCGUUUGUAUCUGGCGAUCGGUUCCAUCCUCUAAAUGAAGAUAUAUGCAAUAUCUUGGAAUUAGUAGUAUGUGCCGAAGCUCAUAGGUUUGAUUGUGCAAUAAAAAAAGCUUUUGGGAUUUACUCAUAUUCGUGAAAUAAACAAUCAAAU